CAAAAAAAAGGGACUUCUUAGCAAAAAAACCACAAACCAAAACCCUAAACCCUAAUCCACAUACUUGCGCCGCUAUAAAUCCACACAGCAAAACUCCGAAUCUCUCACGCCUAUCUCUUCACCCACAGCCACAGAGAUCAACUGCUUUCAAUUUGGUGAACAAGAUGUCAAAAAACCCAAAGGUUUUCUUUGACAUUCUGAUUGGAAAGAUGAAAGCUGGCCGAGUGGUGAUGGAGCUAUUUGCCGAUGCCACCCCUAAAACUGCCGAGAAUUUCCGUGCCCUUUGCACUGGGGAGAAGGGGAUCGGGAGCUCCGGGAAGCCAUUACACUACAAGGGCUCGCCAUUUCACCGCAUAAUCCCCAACUUCAUGUGCCAGGGCGGGGAUUUCACAAGGGGAAAUGGGACCGGAGGAGAGUCGAUUUAUGGCUCCAAGUUCGAGGACGAGAACUUCAAGCUGAAACAUACAGGUCCAGGAAUUUUGUCCAUGGCUAAUGCUGGACCCAACACAAAUGGUUCUCAGUUCUUCAUCUGCACCGACAAGACCUCAUGGCUUGAUGGAAAGCAUGUUGUUUUUGGUAAGGUUGUGGAAGGCUACACUGUUGUGAAGGAGAUGGAGAAGGUGGGAUCCAACAGCGGGACUACUAAGGAACCGGUUGUUAUUGAAGAUUGUGGUCAGAUUACAGAGAAUUGAUGAUGACUGAUGUUGUUUAAUUCAGAUUGAUGAGAAUUAGUAAAUGUUCUUGUAAAUAAAUGUCCUAACUUGUUUUAUCUGCAAUAAUAACUACGGAUCUAGCUUGUUUGA